ACACUCUUUGUAUAUACCAUUGCAUACGCUUUCUCACCACAACAAUAUUAUUACACAAUUCUCCAAUCGUUCACUUUCCUCCACCCGAAACAAUGUCCUCCUCCGACCAAACCUCCGCACCACCGCCUCCCGCCGCCGCCGACGACGCCAACCAACCGGCGGAGCAAAGCAAGAAGGCCGCUAAGAAGGAAGUGGCAAAGCUUGAAAAACUCAAGAAGAAGCAAGAAGCUGCCGCAGCAGCCGCCGCAGAAGCCGCCGCCGCAGCACUCGCCGAAGCCUCAAUCGCCGAUCCUCUCGCCGACAACUACGGCGAUGUCCCGCUCAUUGAGCUCCAAUCGAAGCCCGUCACCGGUCGUAAAUGGACCGAGGUGAAAUCUCUCACCUCCGAUCUCAAAGACGAGGAGAUUCUCAUCAGAGGACGAGUGCAAGCGAUUCGAGCCGUGUCGAAGAAGAUGGUGUUCGUUGUCAUUCGAGAAGGUUUGUUCACGGUUCAAUGUGUUCUAAUGGUUGCGAAGGAGAAAGUCAGUGAGCAAAUGGUCAGGUUUGCGAGUGCAUUGAGCCGUGAAUCGAUUGUUGAUGUUGCGGGAAUCGUUUCGGUUCCUGGUGAAGCCCUUAAAGGCACUUCUCAACAGGUUGAAAUUCAGGUGAGGAAGAUUUAUUGUAUUAGCAGAGCUGCGGCAAUACUACCUAUCAAUAUCGAGGAUGCGGCUAGGAGCGAGGAGGAGUUUGAAAAAGCUGAGAAGGAUGGAAAGCAACUGGUUCGAGUAAACCAAGAUACACGGUUGAAUUACCGAGUCUUAGACAUAAGGACCCCAGCUAAUCAGGCCAUUUUUCAUCUGUCAAGUGAAGUUGGUUUUAUAUUCAGUUCAUUUUUGCGAUCUGAAGGUUUUCGAAGAAUUCAUACACCCAAGUUAAUGGGAGGAACAAGUGAAGGGGGUGCAGCAGUUUUCAGACUUGACUACAAAGGCCAGCCUGCAUGUCUUGCUCAGUCACCUCAGCUUCACAAGCAAAUGUCGAUUAAUGGUGAUUUUAGGCGAGUAUAUGAAAUCGGUCCUGUUUUCAGAGCUGAGGACUCCUUUACUCAUAGGCAUCUCUGUGAGUUUACGGGUCUUGAUGCAGAAAUGGAGAUCAAAGAGCAUUAUUCAGAGGUUAUGGACAUAAUUGACCGGUUGUUUGUGACCAUUUUUGACCAUUUAAAUGAGAACUGCAAAGGAGAACUUGAAGCUGUUUCAAGGCAGUAUCCAUUUCAGCCUUUGAAGUAUUUGAGGAAGACAUUGCAGCUGACAUUUCCAGAAGGAGUUCAAAUGCUGAAGGAGGCGGGUAUUGAAGUUGAUCCUUAUGGGGACCUUAAUACUGAUAUUGAGAGAAAGCUUGGCAAAUUAGUCCUUGACAAAUAUGACACUGAGUUUUACAUUCUCCACCGAUAUCCAUCAGCUAUUAGGCCAUUCUAUACCAUGCCUUGCUAUGAUGACCCGUCAUAUAGCAAUUCAUUUGAUGUCUUUAUACGGGGUGAGGAGAUAAUAUCGGGAGCUCAGCGUAUUCAUGAACCUGAAUUUUUGACAAAGCGUGCUGAAGAAUGUGGCAUCGAUGUCAAGACCAUAGCUACUUAUCUUGACUCCUUCAAGUUUGGUGCUUGGCCUCAUGGAGGUUUUGGUGUAGGUUUGGAGCGUGUUGUUAUGCUCUUCUGCAACCUGAACAACAUUCGGAAAACCUCACUGUUCCCUCGUGAUCCUCAAAGGCUUGCACCUUGAUUUUGCUGGCUUGGCUUAAAAAUUGUGAUUACAUUCCAAGGUUGAGAUCUUGAAAACAGGUAAUUUAGAGUAAUUAGGUCAGAAAUUGGUCGUAUAAAAUCUCAUGUAAUCCCUGCUGAAUUACAUAUGACGAGUUAUUUUUUUGAAUGAAGUCUCUACUUCAUAUUUGGCUGUGUUGCAUGCUUAGUACUACGAUGUAUGAAGUAAUUUUGUAUUCCCAGUUGGCAACAUGAAAGUGCAGGUUAUUUCCCUUAAAUUCUGUAUUUUCGAGGUGGCUUUAUUCCCAAUAUAUCAUUUAAAUGCAUAA